UAGUGUAGCGACCGUCGAGCGCUUGUAAGCGCUAUACGUAGCUGCGUAGAAUUAUAGUAUAAUUUUUAUUUUCAUUCGCGCGUGUUCCGUUCGUGGGGAUUAUUCGAUUAAUUUUACAUUUCGAUUUUUUUCAUUUCCAUUUUUAAAUUCCUCUUCUCCACGAUUCGCGAUAGUGAUACACGACUCGGUAUUUCUUUUUUUUUUUUUCACCAAAACGUGCAAUUUGGGCUCAAGUAUCGUCAACGAUGUCAUAUUUCGGCGUUAUCGUGAUACGUUUUGUGACAGUGAAUUAGUGGUGUUUAGUAUCGUCGAGCAAGCGAUUACUAUGAUGACCAGCUGACGGAUAGAUAUAUUCCUCUUCCACGUCCCUACGGCGUCAACGGGGUUGUCAAAGAUACUGGAAGGAUGUUGGGUGGCGUGGGAGGCCGGCACAUGUCUACGCGUCGGCGUGGCAGCAGCCCGCUGGUGCGUGGAGGUGCGGGCCUCACAGGGUAUGCCGGACCAGGGGCCUCUGGAAAUUCGAACGAUGUUGCUGCAAUACCACCGGAUAUGCAGAGAUACGCUGGAAGAAGGCGCAGAGCGGUUACAACUAGUGAUCACAAGAGCUGCGCCCUUGUGCAGACACGUAUUAAACUCGGCGAUAUCAUGUUGGCAGCGCAAGAGGCGGCACAAAGGGACCCUGGAUACGCGAGUCAGUACAGGAGAAGGCCGAGGUUGGCCGGACUGAGUUUCGGUGACUGGACUAGCUUUGGAGGGGAGGUACCUGGUCUGGUGGACAUGGCGCCAGGCCGGGAUCAGGGCGGAGGGGCGGGUGGGGGUGGGGGAGGCGGCAAGGGCACCACGUCGUUGUUCAUCCUUUCGGAGGAUAACUGCAUAAGGAAGCAUACCCGCUUCAUAAUCGAGUGGCCGCCCUUCGAGUACGCCGUCCUGCUCACCAUCAUCGCCAAUUGCGUGGUCCUCGCCCUCGAGGAGCACCUGCCCAAGCAGGACAAAACCAUACUCGCGCAGAAGCUCGAGGCCACCGAAAUCUAUUUCCUCGGGAUCUUCUGCGUCGAGGCGAGCCUCAAGAUCCUCGCCCUUGGCUUCGUCCUCCACCGUGGCUCCUAUUUGCGCAACAUCUGGAACAUCAUGGAUUUCUUCGUCGUGGUGACCGGGUUCAUCACGGCGUUCUCGCAAGGCAUAGAACUGGAUAUGGAUCUGCGCACGUUGCGUGCGAUACGCGUGUUGCGACCGCUCAAACUUGUCUCCGGCAUACCGAGUCUCCAGGUGGUGCUCAAGUCUAUUAUCAAGGCAAUGGCGCCGCUUCUGCAGAUCGGCCUGCUGGUACUUUUCGCCAUCGUGAUAUUCGCCAUCAUCGGCCUCGAAUUCUAUUCGGGGACCCUGCAUAAAACGUGUUACAGCAUUAGGGAUAUCAAUGUAAUCGUGAAGGAGGGCGAACAGGCGAGCCCGUGUAACACGGACAACAAAUCCGAGGCGCCAUUCGGGGCCCACGUGUGCGACGCGAACAUCUCGACGUGCAUGGAUCACUGGGAGGGACCAAACUUCGGCAUCACCAGCUUCGACAACAUCGGAUUCGCCAUGCUCACUGUCUUCCAGUGCAUCACUAUGGAGGGCUGGACUGCCAUAUUGUACUGGACAAACGACGCUCUUGGCAGCACGUACAACUGGAUUUACUUUAUACCAUUGAUCGUCCUUGGCUCAUUCUUCAUGCUGAACUUAGUUCUCGGUGUUCUGAGCGGGGAGUUUUCGAACGAAAGAACACGCGUCGAGAGGCGGGCGGCUUAUCAGAAAGCAAAGAGAAAGCGUCUAUUCACGACUGCGUUCAGUGCCUACUUAAAGUGGAUCACUCAAGCAGAGGAGGUAAUACUCGCGGAAGAAAGGACCACAGAAGAGGAGAAGAAGCACAUAUUAGAAGGAAGAAAAAGAGCCGAGGCGAAGAAGAAGAAGCUCGGCAAGAGCAAAAGUACGGACACGGAGGAAGAGGAAGGCGAUGACGACCAGGACGACGGCUUUUCGAGAUCCUCCUCGACGAAAGAGAAGGGACCUUGCAAGCAGUUCUGGCUGGCCGAGAAAAGAUUCAGGUACUGGAUACGAAAAUCCGUGAAAUCGCAAAAAUUCUACUGGUUCGUCAUCGUUCUCGUGUUCUUCAACACCGUCUGCGUAGCUGUGGAGCAUUACGGUCAGCCCCAAUGGCUGACCGACUUCCUCUACUUCGCAGAGUUCGUGUUCCUGGCUCUGUUCAUGUUGGAGAUGUUCAUCAAGGUGUACGCGCUCGGCCCUCGCACAUACUUCGACUCGAGCUUCAAUCGUUUCGACUGCGUGGUCAUCUCGGGAUCGAUCUUCGAAGUGAUCUGGUCCGAGGUGAAGUCCGGCUCUUUCGGCCUCUCCGUCCUACGUGCCCUUAGACUCCUGCGAAUUUUUAAGGUCACCAAAUACUGGAAGAGCCUGAGAAACCUCGUAAUAUCGCUGCUCAGCUCGAUGCGUAGCAUCAUCUCCCUGCUCUUCCUGCUCUUCCUCUUCAUUCUCAUAUUCGCGCUGCUCGGUAUGCAGCUGUUCGGCGGCCAAUUCAACUUCGAUUCAGGCACGCCGCCCACCAACUUCAACACCUUUCCCAUCGCGCUGCUCACUGUCUUCCAAAUCCUGACCGGAGAAGAUUGGAACGAAGUGAUGUACCAGGGUAUAGAAUCGCAAGGUGGUCACAAGAAGGGCAUGAUCUACUCGCUCUACUUCAUCGUGCUGGUGCUGUUCGGCAACUACACACUGCUGAACGUGUUCUUGGCCAUCGCCGUCGACAAUCUGGCAAACGCACAAGAGCUGAGCGCCGCCGAGAACGAGGAGGAAGAGGAGGACAAGCAGAAGCAGGCGCAGGAGAUCGAGAAAGAGAUCCAAUCCCUGCAGAAUCCGAAAGACGGUGGCGCGCCAAAGGUAGAAAUCUGCCCUCCGAGUCCGAACCAGAAUUUCAAAGACGGUAAAGGUGGGAAACAGUCAUCCGAAGAAGAGAAAAAGCAGGAUGAAGACGAUGACACGGGACCAAAACCAAUGCUGCCAUACUCCUCCAUGUUUAUACUGUCCCCUACGAAUCCAGUAAGAAGAGCCGCCCAUUGGGUCGUCAACCUGAGGUACUUCGACUUCUUCAUAAUGGUGGUGAUAUCGCUGUCGAGUAUCGCGUUGGCCGCCGAAGAUCCCGUAUGGGAGGACUCGCCGAGGAACGAAGUUCUCAAUUACUUCGAUUACGCGUUCACAGGUGUCUUCACCGUCGAGAUGAUACUGAAGAUAAUCGAUCUCGGUAUCAUACUUCAUCCGGGCUCGUAUCUGCGCGAGUUCUGGAACAUUAUGGACGCGGUUGUUGUGAUAUGCGCCGCUGUUUCGUUCGCCUUCGACAUGACGGGCAGCUCGGCCGGGCAGAACCUUUCCACGAUCAAGUCGUUGAGGGUGCUCCGCGUGUUGAGGCCGUUAAAGACGAUCAAGAGGGUGCCGAAGUUGAAGGCGGUUUUCGACUGCGUGGUGAACAGUCUUAAAAAUGUCAUCAACAUUCUCAUAGUGUACAUAUUGUUCCAAUUCAUAUUCGCUGUGAUCGCGGUGCAGCUGUUCAACGGCAAGUUCUUCUACUGCAGCGACGAGAGCAAAUAUACGCAACAGGAUUGCCAGGGUCAAUAUUUCGUUUUCGAGGACGGCGCCCUGUUGCCAGAGCCAAAGAAACGCGAAUGGCAGUCGCAGUUUUUUCACUACGACAACGUGAUGGCCGCCAUGCUUACGCUGUUCGCGGUACAGACUGGCGAGGGUUGGCCCCAAAUCCUGCAGAAUUCUAUGGCGGCCACGUACGAGGACAAGGGCCCCAUACAGAAUUUUCGUAUAGAGAUGUCCAUUUUCUACAUCGUCUACUUCAUCGUAUUUCCAUUCUUCUUCGUCAACAUCUUCGUGGCCUUGAUUAUCAUCACUUUCCAGGAGCAGGGAGAGGCCGAGUUGCAAGACGGCGAAAUCGACAAAAAUCAGAAAUCUUGCAUAGACUUCACGAUACAAGCUCGCCCUCUGGAAAGGUACAUGCCGAAAGAGCGGAACAGCGUAAAGUACAAAAUCUGGAGAAUAGUGGUAUCGACGCCUUUCGAAUAUUUUAUCAUGGGUCUCAUCGUAUUAAACACAGUACUGCUCAUGAUGAAGUUCCAUCGGCAAAGCGACGCGUACAAGAACACGCUGAAGUACAUGAACAUGUGCUUCACGGGGAUGUUCACCGUCGAGUGCAUACUGAAGAUCGCCGCAUUCGGCGUGAGGAAUUUCUUCAAGGACGCCUGGAACACGUUCGACUUCAUCACGGUGAUCGGCAGCAUCGUGGACGCCCUCGUGAUCGAGUUCGGGGAGCGGUUUUCGAGUAUGCCCAGUGGCGGCCAGCUAGGCGAAAAAAAGGAGAACUUUAUCAACGUCGGCUUCCUGAGGCUGUUUCGCGCGGCCAGGCUGAUCAAACUACUCAGGCAGGGUUACACGAUACGAAUUUUGCUCUGGACCUUUGUACAAUCUUUCAAAGCUCUGCCUUACGUUUGUCUCCUCAUAGCGAUGUUGUUUUUCAUCUACGCGAUCAUCGGUAUGCAGGUAUUCGGUAACAUCGCGCUGGAUGCUGAUACCUCUAUUACUAAGCACAACAAUUUCCAAAGCUUCAUUCAAGGUCUGAUGUUGCUUUUUCGGUGUGCGACUGGCGAGGCAUGGCCGAACAUAAUGCUGUCCUGCGUGAAGGGUCGUCCUUGCGACGCGAAAGCCGGUAAACAAGAAGGUGGCUGCGGCUCGAACAUAGCGUACGCCUAUUUCGUCUCGUUCAUCUUCUUCUGUUCGUUCCUGAUGCUGAAUCUGUUCGUCGCCGUCAUCAUGGACAAUUUCGAUUACCUGACGAGGGACUCGUCCAUACUUGGCGCCCACCACUUGGACGAGUUCGUCCGCAUAUGGGCCGAAUACGACCCGAACGCGACCGGCAAGAUCCAUUACACGGAGAUGUACGACAUGCUGAAGAACAUGGAUCCGCCGUUGGGGUUUGGAAACAAAUGUCCGAACAGGCUUGCCUACAAGAAGCUCAUCAGGAUGAACAUGCCGGUGGACGUCGACCUGAAGGUGAACUUCACCACCACUCUGUUCGCCCUGAUCCGCGAGAAUCUCAAUAUAAAAGUGAGAAGAGCCUCCGAGAGAAACCAAGCGAACGAGGAGCUGAGAGAUACGAUCAGAAGUAUUUGGCCUCUGCAGGCGAAAAAGAUGUUGGACCUUUUGAUACCUAGGAACGAAGAAAUAGGCAGAGGUAAGAUGACCGUUGGUAAGAUAUACGUCUGCCUUCUGAUACUCGAAAGUUGGAGGACGACUAGGUUUGGUCAGAUAGAAUCAGCCGGACAGAACGAUAACGAUCUUAUCGAUAACGAUAAUGCUGGGCAAAGUCCUGCAGCCCAGGCGCAAGCCUUCCUCAACUGCAUACUGGACGUGACGGCGGUAAAUCAUACCGGAAAUAAUCACGGGGCCGGAAGUAGGGCGAACAGCCUCGAACACGUGGUACGGCCAACGCCUGAAACGAAGCUCGAUCAGCACAAGGAGCACAGGGAGGAAGACGACGAGCAUAGACGUCAACGUAGCAUCAGAAAUAAAAAGGUGAACUGGAAGAUGUCCCACCAGUACGAUAUACUAGGCAGCAGCGGAGAGAGUAGCCAGGGAGGGGGUGGGUCUGGGGUUGUACCCGUAGUUAAUGAUGAGGAUCGCGCCCCCGAGCUAGAGCCAUUGCUGGCUGAGGUGCCCUCCCAGCAGGAUCAAAACUACUACUACCACCAUCACCAUCACGACCAAUACUACGAUACCGACAAUGAUCUAUACUAUGACCAUCACCACCACCACCACCACCAUCACCAUCACCAUCAUCAUCAUGCUCACCGACCACCCUCGUACUAUCAACACCAGAAUACCUACGCACCUCGCUCCUCGAUCCGUUACCACAAGAUGGAGCUUCAGGACGUCGUGGUUAGCGACUCGCGUGCCGGUAGCCUCGAGAGUCUCACCCACACCGGCAAAAGACUUCAUCCACCUGUGCAGCCAGUUAGACACCCAUCGCGUUCACCGAGUCUAAGGAGGCACUCGCCAGGGAGACCUGGAUACGAUCAUCACGGUCAUUAUUACCACGAAGGACCAGGGUUUAGCGAUACGGUUAGCAACGUCGUCGAGAUUCAGAGACACACGCAUCAUCCCCAUCCGUCACAGUACAAUCAUCGGCACAGGAUGCGAGACUAUUACGACCACUGCGACUAUUACGACGAUGGUCCGUGGAGCGCUUCGACGAGCCCAGCGAGGACGCCGAGCCCGAUACACCACAUCGACCGUGGCCGCCAUUACGGGACGACCAGUUUGGAGCAACGUUCGAGGAGUCCAAGCCCGAUCGGUGGUCGCCAGCCGCCCCACACUCACCAGCACUAUCAUCGGCAUCAUCCCCAUCAGCACAGUUACCCGGUGCUGGUGACGAGGCGUGGGCGUGGCCGUCGAUUACCCCCAACCCCGAACAAACCCUCGACACUUCAGCUGAAACCGGCCAACAUCAAUUUCCCUAAAUUGAACGCCUCGCCUACCCACGGCUCGCACAUACACGUGCCGAUCCCGGCCGGUAUGCAGCAUCCGCCACCCGGCCAGCAUCUGCCUCCCAUGCAACCGAGCCACUGCCCCCUAAGCUUCGAGCAAGCGGUGGCGAUGGGCCGGGGUGGCCGCCUCUUGCCAAGCCCUGUGCCCAACGGCUACAAACCGCAGCCACAGGCCAAGCAGAGGACACCAAGGUCGAGACACUCGGACAGCGACGAGGACGACUGGUGCUAGCCAAAGUGGGACCCUGGACGGUGGUCCGGUGACGUGGACGCCCCCAGGCGUCUUAGGGUUUGCGCGUGAAUUCUUCCACAUUGGGAGGCGCAGCAAUUAUUAAACCGUGAAAAACGCAAGUGCGACUCGACUGGCUUGGUGGACUAUCCGGGGAGAACUGUUAUCCUGUCUGAAAAAAAUGAGAUGAUUGUCUGUGAUGCCGCAAGUGAGGGACAGGUGUUGCGAGGGACAGGGAAGAAACUUAUCCUCGAAGAAGAUAGAACGAUAGGAACACCUGUAUCGCAUCUCGAAGAAGAAGAAGAAGAAGGGAAGAUUCGGUUAGUUUCUCGAAAGAAACGGGCAAAGGAUUCGCAAACAGAUAUUUCGCGAUUGGAACGAAAGCGAACAUCGGAUGAUCGUUACAGGGACAACAAAGCAACAUACGUAUAUAUAUACAUAUACAUAUACAUAUAUGUAUAUGUAUAUACAUGUACACAUAUACGAGCACGGUGGUCAGCAUCGAAACCGAAGACUUACUGUGCUUUCCACGACGAUGCUCGUCGAUUUAAACGCGCAAAACGAGCGAAACAAAGGGAGAGAAAGGAGAGAAAACAAACAAACGAAAAUCGCGAAAAAGUCCAAGUGUCGUCGAAUUGUACAUACUUCGGAACUUUCCGGGAAACAAUUUUCUUUCGUCUCUUGAACUUCUCUUCGAAGCUUUCUUCGCUGUGCUUUUUUUUAAUCGAUCGGACCGAGCCGAGGAGAGGAGGAGAAGGAGGAGGAGGAGGAUCCACCAUUUUUAUACGAUGAAUUAAUUAAACUCGGGGGAAGGGGGGGAACGCUCUCUGUCACAAUUUUUUUCACAGCUCGAUAUCCACGAACACCAGGGGAAACGGUUUGCGGGCUCUUAUUAUUAAAUUAUUAUUAAAACUCGGCAGCGCCCUCUCCGCUCGAAGCGGCGGGCACCGGUCCUCCUUGGUCAGGACGCCCCCCCAACGUCGCGCGUGAUCCCGCCAUCCCAAGUUUUUGCCAACGAAACGUCAUCUCUCUUUUUCGGGACGAUCCUCUCGAUUUCUCCGGGAUGCAAGGAUGCGCCAACUCGAACUCUCGAAAUUCGUCGAGCAAGGUUUAUUUAUCUCGUCGCAAUCAGAGAGAGAAAAAAAGAAUAUAUAUAUAUAUACACGAAUUUUCUCUGACGAGUAAAAAAGCGUUUCGUGCGAAAUUUGGACAAAUGAUGUAUAAUAAUAAUAAUGAUAAUAUUAAUAAUAAUAAUAAUAAUAUAAUAUAAUAAUAAUAUAAUAAUAAUAAUAAUAAUAAUAAUAUUGUCAGUAAGAAAGGGGGGAGAAAAAAGAAGGGCACCGUUUCGAUACGUUCGAUGCGAUAUCACAAUGGUUCUUUUAUUCGUCACUGUUCGCACGGAGUUUUCGUCCGAUCUCGCUCAGAAAAUAAUAUAUAUAUAUAUGUGUGUGUGUAUAUAUUUACAUAUAUAUGUAUAUAUAUAUAUAUAUAUAUAUAUAUAUAUAUAUAUAUAUAUAUAUAUAUCGUUGCAGUAGUGUUCGAUUUAUUAACCGAACGAGUUAGAGGGUCUCUCGAUCGAACUUAUCGAAAUUUCUUCAAGCUCCGUUUUUUCUACUCCGUGUACGUAAACGAAAUCGAAUUGCGAGGAAAUUGCGACAAGAAUUGCGGCUACGCAAACGAAAAAAAAUAAAAAAAAAAAAAUGAUCCU